AAGCAGUGUCUGUGCGGCCGCAGACACAAAAACACUCACCUCUUACAAACACCGAAUUUCGAGUGUCGUAUAGAAGACCCUCUCGUGUAUUAGAUAGGUGACUAACAAAAUCUAGUACGAACCCAAUGUUUAGAAGCUUUGGACUUUAUUUUCCAAGAGAAACAAUCCACAGAUCCUUCGGCCCAAAUCACUUAAAUAUGAUGAGAUGAGCAGUCACCCAGCAAUUUGUAUUCUUAUUGUCCCCCUUCUUGCAUGCUUUCCAACCAAGAAGAUCUCAACAACAUAUGAUUGCACAAGCAUGCAAACACACCAUGUUCCUCACAAGCAUUCCCUCAUCUAAAACCCUAAUCACCCCAAAAACCCUAACACUACCUCUCGCAUUCCACUUCACAACCUCACCACCUUCCGAUCAACAACCACCGCAACACCUCCACCAAGACCAAGCAAUCAGCAUAGAAGACAACAGAUCAUACUUCACCAAAAAAAUCCACAGCCUCUGCGCCACCCACCGUGACGUCGACGAAGCCCUCCGCCUCCUCGACCGCCUCCGCCUUCAAGGCUACCGUCCCGACUCCCUCAACCUCAGCAGCAUCGUCCACGCCCUCUGCGACUCCAACCGCUUCGAUGAAGCCCACCACCGCUUUGGCCACUAUGUAGCUUCCGACUGCGCCCCCGACGAGCGCACUUGCAAUGUUAUUGUUGCUCGGUUGCUGGAUUCAAAAACCCCACAUGCCACAUUGCGUGUUCUGCGCUGUUUGACAAAUUUUAAGCCCGAUUUCGUGGCGUCUUUGGUUAAUUACAACCGUUUGAUCGACCAAUUUUGCUCGAUCUUACGACCCAGUGAGGGUCAUAGAGUGUUGUUUGAUAUGAUUAGUAGAGGGCAUUGUCCGAAUGCUGUUUCUUACACUACAUUGAUCAAUGGGUAUUGUUUGAUUGGUGCGUUGGGUGAUGCGCAGAAGGUGUUCGAUGAAAUGAGUGAAAGGGGAGUGGCGCCUAAUUCCCUGACGCAUAGCGUGAUGAUUCGUGGUGUUCUUCGGCAGAGGGAUGUUGGGCGUGCAAAAGAAUUGAUGGGAAAGCUCUGGGAGAUCAUGAAAGGUGAAGAUGAUGAGACUGUAAAGAGUGCGGCUUUUGGGAAUCUCAUUGAUUCUAUGUGUAGUGAAGGGUUUUUUAAUGAAGUGUUUGACAUUGGGGAAGAUAUGCCACAGGGCUGUGUGACAGAGGAUUUUGCUUAUGGACAAAUGAUAGAUUCGCUUUGUAAAGCCAGAAGGCAUCAUGGGGCGUCCAGGAUUGUUUAUAUUAUGAGGAGUAGAGGGUUUGUUCCAAAGCUAACGUCGUAUAAUUCCAUUUUGCAUGGACUGAGCAAGGAGGGAGAGGGAGGUUGCAUGAGGGCUUAUCAGUUGCUAGAGGAAGGAGUGAACUUUGGUUACUUUCCGUCAGAGUACACUUACAAGGUCCUAUUGGAAUGUCUGUGCCAAGAAUCGGACGUCAAGAAGGCAAGAGAGGUUCUUGAAUAUAUGUUAAAGAAGGAAGGAGUGGACAGAACUAGGAUUUAUAACAUAUAUUUGAGAGCAUUGUGUCUUGUGAAUAACACGACUGAGCUUUUGAAUGGACUUGUUUCGAUGCUCCAGGGCCAGUGUCAGCCUGAUGUGAUCACCCUAAACACAGUUCUUAAUGGGUUCUGCAAGAUGGAAAGAAUCGAGGAAGCGCUAAAGGUACUAGAUGACAUGAUGAGUGGCAAGUUUUGUUCACCAGACGUGGUGACCUUCACAACGAUCAUCAGUGGUUUAAUAAAUGUGGGAAGAACUCAAGAAGCUCUUGUUAUGCUGUACCAUGUAAUGCCCGAGAAAGGUUUCAGAGCUAAUGUUGUGACGUACAAUGCUGUUCUUCGUGGUUUAUUCAAGCAUAGGCAAGCCAGAGAAGCAAUGGAUUUGUUCAAUGGCAUGGCAAACUACGACGUGGCUGCUGACAGUACUACUUAUACUAUAAUAAUUGACGGGUUAUGCGAAUCAGAUCAAAUAGAAGAAGCUAAGAAGUUUUGGGAUGAGGUUAUUUGGCCAUCAAAGAUCCACGAUAAUUUUGUUUAUGCUGCCCUUAUCAAAGGGAUUUGUCGUUCUGGGAGGUUUGAAGAAGCGUGCCAUUUCCUUUAUGAACUAGUAGAUGCUGGGGUCUCUCCAAAUAUAUACAGUUAUAACAUUGUGAUUGACGCUGCUUGCAAAUCAGGAUUGAGGAAGGAAGCGUAUGAAGUUGUAAGAGAGAUGAAAAGAAACGGACUGGCUCCAGACUCUGUAACAUGGAGGAUUCUUGACAAGUUGCAGGGUGUCAGAAAACAAUCUUGUGAUGAGGUUUCGAAUUUUCAAUCAAUAAAUGGGCGACAGGGGUAGAUGAGCAAGAAAAUGUGUGAUUGAGUGGAGCGAUUCGGAAACAAGAGAACCGUGAGAAAGAAGAGACAAUAGGAUCAUGUUGGCAUGAUGUGAAUUGGAAAGGUUAGAGAAAUAGCUGAACUCCAAACAGAGUUGACAGAAGGAACGGAUGGUCGAUCACCCAAUGGAUAAGGUAUCUCGCAGUCAGCAUGAUCAUGUUUUUGGAUUCUGCUCUUGUAAAUGAGGGUGCAAUCGUGUAUUUACAAGUACCAGAGCUCAAAACCGGGGAACCUGAGCCCGCGGUCGUUCGCUCCGCAUGAAAGUGUUCCAGGUUAGGCUUGAUUCUCCAACUUUAGUAGAGCAGUUCCACCGGGGAAAGGCCCCAGAGCUAUCCACUAUUUAAUUCACCUAAUAAACAGUAAUUGUCCUUAAUGAAUAGUCACUCCACUCGAAGCACCAACAUUGUCACUCACUCGUAGCACCAAUACUAUCACUUUAAGGACCAACAUCUACUUUCGACAAAAAUAAAAAUGAAAAUUAUAGCAAUGGUUCCUCAAUUGUUAUCUAAUUGAAGUAAUGAUUCUUCAUCUAAAAAUCUAUGAUCAUUGGUCCCUUAACUCCUUCAAACGUGCAACUAUGGUCAUUUUCUUCAAUUUCAUUAGUACUUCUGCUAAAAUGAGUCACGUGCCACACACAUGAGACCAAAUCGAGGGGCAAAUAUGGAAAACCAAAUGAGAAAAAUUGUAACAGUGG